AUGUGCAACGUGAAGCCCCAAGCAAGUCCCGAAAUAUCCGAAUAUCUAAAACCUAGCUCAGGACGCAGGGAUGUGAACUUCACACUAGAAACGAUAUUUGAGAUCAACCAUAACGAUGCUGCCGAUGUAAGAGCCUUAGAAAAUGCCAAGAAUUUAAUUAAUUCAGUCAAAAGAGCAUUUCUUCAAAACACCGUCCAACAACAGAGAAAUAAUAGUGAAACAGAAGUGUCCAACAACAUGACGUUCUCUGAUUUCUGUCAAAAAGUUAUCGCAGUAAUAUAUCGGUAUGAUGAUUCAGAUUUAAAAGACUUUGUUGCGAUCACGAGUGACGAAAUAAAAAAUUACCAUUACAGAGGUUGUAAGUUUCACGAGUUGGCAGAAAAUAUGAAAUUGAGAAAAUAUUUCGAUCAGUUACAAGAAAUUAACAAACACAAAUCUGCUGGUGAUAUUAAAAAGAUUUUAAACACAGUGGACAAAACGUUGAAAGACAAAAACUUAGAUAUAUACAAAAGAGGAUUUAUCGACGCUGUUAAUGAUUUAUAUAAGGCUGAUACGGUGGUGAAAUUUAAUAAAUUCUUAACAAAUAUCGAGGAUUAUAGACAGAAUGCCAGAAGGAAUAUGGAUCUUGUCAAAAUAAUUCGGUCAGGUAUUAGAUCUAUAAUAUUUGAUCAUUAUACUGAUUUAAGUGAUCAAGAGAGAUCACAAUUCACAUCCAAACUGGGCGACUUCUUCAGUUAUUACAUGGGUAUGUCUCGCGCCGUCGUGCAAAUGAAUACCGACAUGAACAAUCAAUCAAUGAGAUACAAGACAAUUAAACGUAUCGUCACAGAAACAAAAUGGAAGGCACAUAGAACGAUUCGCCCGACUGUCACACCACAUAACUACUUCAAGCAAAUGUAUGUUGAGAAGAAUUUGGAUUUAAAAUAUUAUCCGGACGCAAGUUAUAAUUAUAAUACAAAAGAUAAUACAAUGUAUGACUCAGAAACGCCAAAAUCUACCAACAAACCUGUCAUAGAAGUCAUUACGAUGAGACCGUACAUAUCUAAAAGAGUUAUGACGUCACAAAAGCUCAGGUAUGAAAUCCAUUUUAAAAGCCAUGACAUUGAGCUUAAAAGACCCAAACUUCAUUUAAAAAAGCCCGAAUUUCAAAUAAAACUCCCGGGAUCACACGUCGGCAGGCACAAAGUUCACAUUAGUCGGCCGAAUGAACUACCAGAAAUGAAUGCUCCAAUGUUUAAAUAUAAUAAAUUGAUGUAUUUGAAUGGUAAAAUACCGGCUAACACAGAAGAAUCUAAAGAAACAGAACACAAACAAAAUACUAGAAAUGCUAAAGAAAAAUUCGUAAGAUCAUCUCGAGAAGAUAGAAAGCCUUCUAACCAAAGGUUUCUAUUACCCUACCGAAAAAGUUUUGAGAACACGUCAGUUUUAAAUCGUCUCAACUAUUUAGAAAACGAACUAAGAAUUGCUAAAACUCGGAUAAAAAAUGACUCGGCAAUAAUCAGAGAUUUAAAUAAUAUCAUACGAGUUAGUGGAAAGACAGAUCACGAUUUGAAUACUAAUAAUAGCGAAUUUUUAUUAUCAGGGGAUAAUAAUGACCAAACAGAUAAUAAAGAGAAAAAAGAUGCUGUGAUAGAUUUAAAUAUUAAUCCCAAAGAUUUUAAAAAUCUUAUUAGUCUUGAAGCAAAUGAAAUACUUAGAAAAUUGAAUUUAGUGAAAGAUGACAACAUUUAUCCUAAUAAAGGUGAAAAAACAAUUAUUAGAAAAUUUGAUUUUGAUAAAACAGAAUAUAAUCAGAGGAAUAAGGAUAACUUUGAUUCUAAAGAGAAGAAAAAGGAAUUCACUUCAAUUAAAACUCAAAGAGAUACGAAUACCAAAUAUUCCACUAAACCACAGAGAGGUUAUCUCUCAGACGGAGAUACGUAUGAAAGAGUAGAAGAAAGAAUAUAUGAUUCAGAUUCUAAAAACUAUAAACCAAACGUGUCUGAUAAAGGCAAAGGAGAAAAACUAAGUAAUUUUAAAGAUGUUACAAAGAAUGCAGAAAAAAGGACCGUCUUUGCUACUAAUGACAAAAUUAAUGGAGCUAAUGAGCGGCAAUAUGAUUAUUAUUCGACUCUGAAAAAUGAUAGAGACAACAGAAUUGGCAGGAGUGAACAAUAUACUCUCUCUGAUUCAGGUAAUCCUAGAAUAGAUGAAGGCAAAACUAGCGUUUCCAUGAAGAAUGUUAAUAAUAAUCUAAAUACACAACAUACUACAGAAAUUAUAAAAAGUAUAUAUUACGCUGGUAACAGAGAACAAAGAAAACAAAAAGAUAUCGAAAACUAUUAUUUCAACAAAGCAAAUCAUAACUUAAGUAAGGAAUAUAACGCGGUUAAAAUGACACACACGUCAACUGAUCUUGGCGCAGAUAAAUAUAAAAAAGGCAAAGAAGAAAGUUACUUAAAAUUUAAAACUGAUAAAAGGUAUACAAUCUAUAGCUCUGACUCUCAGCGAUAUGAAAGUAAUGUUGAAAGGAAAAAUGAAGAUAGUUUUAAAACGAAUAUGAAACCAAAGCGUUUUCGUGUAACGCAAGCAGAAGAAAACUUACAUCCUUUUGGAGAAAAUCAUUCUGGGGCACGCGCAGUGACUAAAGAAUCACAUAAAUCGUUUAAAAAUGAUAAACCUGAAAGUAAAUUAGAUGCACAAAAGACAACUAAAAAUCAAAUAGUUGAGAUGGUUGAGAAAAGAAAAGAAAACGUUAAUUUUGUCCGAACUGUGGCACCUUCUGAAGUUCAUCCUAAGCGUUAUGUUGUGGCGAAUCAUGAAGUUGAAAAGCCAAAGUCUGAAAAAGUAAAUCUCAUAACAGCUGUCAUUCCGGUUAGUCCUCUGAUUUCUAACAGAAGGAGAAUAGAACCUAAGAAGAGAACAUUUUAA